AUGGAUUUAUUACAGCGGCUUGCGUUUAUGUUGGACCGGCCUGAGUUCCCAUGGAAAAAGCUUAUAAUUGGCUUUUCAUUCUUUCAAUACUUUUUUGAAGGGUUCCUUUCCCUUCGCCAGUACAAGGUUCUGAAGCAGACACGACCACCAAAGGCACUUGAAUCAGACGUAUCUCAGGCAGUCUUUGAUAAGAGUCAAGCUUAUGGACGCGCUAAAGCCAAGUUCGGCUUUUAUAGUGGUCUUUAUGGUCAAAUUCAAAAUAUCUCCUUUAUCUGUUACGAUGUACUACCUAAGUUAUGGACGCUCACCGGUUCACUAAUGCGAAGAAUUGUGCCCGAAAACUACGCUGGAGAAAUAUCUCAAUCCAUCAUUUUUGUUCUAAUCUUCAUUAUUAUACAACAAAUACUUUCUUUUCCAACAUCUUUCUACCAAACAUUUGUGCUGGAAGAGAGAUUCGGGUUCAACAAACAGACUCCGAGGCUCUUCAUAAUGGAUAUCAUCAAAAGUCAAAUGUUAACAUUCGUACUUACACCUCCGAUUUUGGCCGCUUUUCUUGCUAUAAUACAGAAGACUGGAAAUCAAUUUUUUUAUUACCUUUGGUUAUUCGGAGCCGCACUGCAAGUAUUUAUGAUUACUAUAUAUCCCAUUACUAUUCUUCCCCUCUUCAACAAACUUUCUCCUCUUGAUCCUGGAGAUCUUAAGAAAGGUGUAGAAAGCCUAGCAAAAAGACUGAAAUUUCCGCUACACGAGCUAUACGUUAUCGAUGGUAGCAAAAGGAGUGCUCAUAGUAACGCCUAUUUCUUUGGAAUGCCAUGGAAAAAACACAUUGUCAUUUACGACACUCUCAUCGAGAAAAGCGAACCCCAGGAAGUCGUUGCAGUUCUUGCACAUGAAUUAGGCCACUGGAGCUUAGGACACACAACAAAACUAUUUGCCAUUUCACAAGCACACUUUUUCUAUAUUUUUGCGCUUUUCUCUGUCUUUAUUAACAAUAAGUCGCUUUAUCAGUCCUUUGGAUUCAUCAAUGAAUUUCCUAUAAUAAUAGGAUUCAUCCUAUUUUCCGACGCCCUAGCCCCUAUGGAUACAGUGAUUAAGUUGUUGAUGAACAUUCUUUCUCGGCGAUAUGAAUUUGAGGCGGACAGUUUCGCACAGGGACUCGGAUACUCUACAGACCUAGCAAACUCCCUCAUCAAGCUUCAGAUUCAGAACUUAAGCACUAUGGAUGCUGAUUGGCUAUUCGCCACCUACCACUUUUCACAUCCAAUUCUUACUGAGAGACUUCGCGCUCUUGGUUGGUACCGAGAUACAGAUAACGAGAAGGAUUCGAAAGUUAUGGGAGAUGAACAAGCUACGCGUGCUAGUGGGCGAGAACUGUAA